AUGAACAAAUGGGGAAGUGACCACCUUCUCAUUAGCAAGAAUGAAAAUACUCUGUGUUCAAGACAAAGGAACGCCAAGGUGGAAGAUCUUUGGAGUCUGACCAACUUUUUUGGUUUUGCAACUGAAACGUUUGUUUUGGCUGUUAACAUUCUGGACAGAUUCCUGGCUCUUAUGAAGGUGAAACCGAAGCAUUUAUCUUGCAUUGGAGUUUGUUGUUUCCAACUGGCUGCCCGAGUAGUCGAAGAAGAAUGCAAUAUUCCAUCUGCUCACGAGAUCAUCCGGAUCAGCCAAUGUAAAUGCACUGUGUCCGACCUGAAACGGAUGGAGAAGAUAAUUUCAGAAAAGUUGCACUUUGAAUUUAAAGCUACUACUGCCUUAACCUUCUUGCACUUGUACCAUACUAUUGUACUCUGUCAUACCUCAGAAAGGAAAGAAGUAUUGAAUCUCGACAAAUUGGAAGCACAGCUAAAAGCUUGCAACUGUCGUCUAGUCUUUUCUAAAGCAAAACCAUCUGUCUUGGCCUUGUGCCUUCUCACUCUCGAAGUUCAGACUUUGAAAUCUGUUGAGCUGUUUGAGAUCCUUCUGCGUGUUCAAAAGCAUUCUAAGAUAAGUGAUAGUGACCUACUUUACUGGAGGGAACUGGUCUCGAAAUGCCUAGCAGAUUAUGCUUCUCCUGAAUGUUGCAAGCCUGAUCACAAAAAGCUCGUUUGGAUUGUUUCGAGGCGUACAGCCCAGAAUCUACAAAACAGUUACUACAGCGUUCCUGAGUUGCCAACGAUACCGGAGGGUGGAUGUUUCAACGAAAGCGAGAGUGAAGACUCCUGUGAAGAUAUGAGCAGCGGAGAAGAAAGCCUUAGCAGUUCUCCUCUGAGUGAUUUGGAAGGCACCUUCUUCUUUGAACUCAAACCUAAAACCAAGUGGCAAACUCUUAGCUGUCGGUCUUAGCAUUAGGUCUUGAUUGUAUUAGGUUGAGAUUUUUAAUGCACCAUAGAGUCUUUGGCAAUAAUAAAUGAGGUGGUAAUCUGUAAACUGUAUUAAGGCAAGAAUUGCUGUGGUAUAUCAAUGCUUUGAAUGCCUGCCUUGGUUUUUUUGUUGUUGUAAAUUUAAGGAAGAAAAAAAACCAAACUUUCAUUCAGGUUCCCAGUUCAGCAAAAAAAGUUCACGUAUAGUUCUGUUGUCAACAAGCGUAAAUAUAGUCCUGUACCUGGCGGUCCAAAACGGUUAGCAGCUAAACGUUACCGGCAGCGUGCCCUGGCCACGAUGAAGGCUGACAGCAUGCUGGGCUGUCUUAACAGGAGCAUAGGCAAUAGAUGAGGGGAAAUAGGUUGGUUUUUUUUUUUUCCCCUUUGCUUGGCAUUCGUUCUCCUUUGGAACAGGGUCCAGUUUUGGGCUCAAGAUGUUGAUCAACUCGUUCAAGUCCGAGAGGAGGCUGCCAAGAUGUUUAAGUGAUUUGGGGCUCAGGACCUGUGAGGAGAAGCUAAGUGAAAUGGGCUUAUCCAGCCUGGCCAAGUGGUGUUUAGGGGGAAAAUGGGAUUGAACAGCAGCCUUUUGCUAUUUAAGAGGAGGUUCCUGAGGAGAUAAUUUCAGGGUCUUGACUGAGAAGCAUGGAGCAAGAAUGAGAGGCUUUCAUUACAUGGACAUGUGAAGUUCUCAGCUGAUAGAAGUGUGCUCCAUGGGGACAGUUGAGUGUGGGAGUGGACCAGGAGCAGCUGUGUAGUCUUUGUCUUGAGAGUUUCUCAGGAUUCAACAUGGCAAAACCCAGAGCUUGGUUUGAAUUCAGCAUUGACCCUGCUUUGAGCAGGAGGUUAGGAUGGAGUCCUCUUCAGGGUACCUCUGCCCUUUAGAAGUUUGGGAUUAGAUCAAAUUGGUUGAGUAGGUUAUGUAGAAUGAUAUGUAUGCAUAGUACCAGGCUGAGAUGAUGUACUGUCAAAUGGGCCAAAUACUGAAACUGCUUUAACA